UUCUGUCCAUCUCCUCCCUCUGCCUCCUUUUUACGCACAAAACAACCCAGAGCGCGCACACGGCUGUCGGAGAAACCAGGAGACACAAUAGACCAUAUUUUGAGGCAUCAUGCUGUUGGAAUUUCUUCCAUAGGCAAACUGUGCGGUAGCUCAUGUGGUUGACCCAUAGGAUCGCUUGUGUUCAGUCACAUAAGAGCUGGAAGUUUCGCUGGAUUUAAAUGUUGCCGACCGAGAUCUCAGGAGGAGUGUGUUUCACCUCAAGCGAUCACACUGAGGGAAGGAGAGAAGGAAUGAAAACUGAGGAAAACCAACAGUCCUGCCUGCAACAGCCUCCGUCCUCCACGCCUUAUGGUCCAGAUUUCAGAGGCGGUGGAGAACUGUGCGCGGGCUGCGAGUCUCCCAUCGCAGACCGCUUCCUCCUGCGCGUGAACGAGCGCUCCUGGCACGAGACCUGCGUGAAGUGCGCCGUCUGUCUGAGCGCACUUACCGGGACCUGUUACUGCAGGGACCGUCUGCUGUACUGCAAGCAUGACUAUGAAAAGCUCUUUGUCAGGAAGUGCAGUGCAUGCCUGCAGGUCAUUGGACGCUCUGAGCUGAUAAUGCGUGUGCUAGGCCAGGUAUACCACCUGGGCUGCUUCAGCUGCUGUGAGUGUGAACGCCGACUGCAGAGAGGUGAUGAGUUUGUGUUGAAAGAAGGCCAGCUGCUCUGCCGCAUGGACUAUGAAAAGGAGAGGGAAAUGCUUGCUGCAAUUAGUCCUGCUCCAACUGAAUCAGUAAAAAGUGAGGAUGAAGAUGGUGGGGGAGGCUCUGGCAGUGGGAAAGGUGGUGAUGAAGGAAAAGAGCACAAGCGUUCAAAACGACCACGCACCAUAUUGACUACGCAGCAACGGCGAGCUUUCAAGGCCUCCUUUGAAGUAUCAGCCAAGCCAUGCCGAAAGGUGAGGGAGACCCUGGCUGCUGAGACCGGCCUGACAGUGCGGGUUGUGCAGGUUUGGUUUCAAAACCAGAGAGCUAAGAUGAAAAAGAUAGCUCGUCGACAGCAGCAACAACAACAGCAGCAGCAGGAGCAAGAGCAACUGGGAGGGACCAGGAGAGGGCCCAGUAGAGGAGGCCGUCAAAGCAAUGAUGACAGUGAGGAUGGAUCUAGUACUCACGGCAUCGACAGCAUGUUAGGAUAUCCAUCUCUGCCACGUCAGCAGCUACUUUCCCUGGACCCAAACAUCUAUGGAGGAGAGCCAUUUCGACAUGGGCUGACACCUCCUCAACUAAACAGUGAGCAGAUCCACUCUUACGACUCAGAGACUGUAUUCCAUGAUUUGGACAGCGAUGGAAGCCUCAGUCACCUCGGGGACUGUCUCUUGGCAACAGGAGAUGGUGGUCUUCUGGCAGGACGAGUAGGAAACCCCAUCGACCGUCUUUACUCCAUGCAGAACUCCUACUUCACUUCCUGACACUUAAAAACCUCAAUCUUUACUCCUCCUGUUUCACCUUUUGCCCGAGAGAAGCAACCUGCAGAUGGGACUAUUCUCAAUUAGACAGGCUGGAGCCAAACAUACUUCUGAACUUUUAUCACUGGAUUACAUCAUCAUCAAAUCAAUCGGGCAAAACAGCACUAUUUUGAUUAGCAUAAUGUCCUUUCAUGCUUUCCUGAAUAAUAAUCAUAUGCUGGAAUGACAGACACUGUAAAUCUUCAUAAUAAUGGCCUUGUAUUUUUUCAAUUGUAUUAAUGCCAUACUCAGUGAGAAAUAUUUAAUUUCACUUUCCAACAAAAAAAAAAGAACAUGACAACGCAUAUACCAAUCAGUACAUAUGACUAAGUUACGUACUUUCGAGGACUCAGUCAAGUUAAAUGUAUUUAGAGGUUGUACUAGUUACAAAAAUUUGGGGGUCUAAAUAAUAUUAGGACAUUGGUAAAGCUCCUUUGUUUUGUCUGGAUUCAUUUUUAAGCAAUGUGUAAGGAUGAUUGCAACAUAUACAAGAGUAUAUGGAGUGGAUUACAGUUUUGCUCUCAGGUUAGUGUGUAUGUUUUUGUGACCUGAGCCUCAUCUCAGGAAAUUGCGUUGGUUAGAAAACACCUUUAACUUCCCUUUUAUUUCAAAUUUUAUCCUUUUUGAGGCUUGACAACAAAAAAAGUGGACCAAAAAUAAAUUGUUUUUACAUUAUUAACGAAACAGAUGACCCCUCAAGAGUCAUUUGAAAAGCCUUAAUUAGAACAGGGUGAUUAAGUGAUUAUCACUUCAGUUUAUGCUUUUAUAAUAUUAACAGUAAAAUUAGUGCAGUAGUUUAAACCAAAAGAUCUACAAUGCCCAAAUCUUAGGACUUAAAGUCCACGGUGGUGAAUUCCAAAUGUAAAUGCGAGUAUGACUGCGUUACACAUAAUUGUUGCAAUCACUUUCUGUAAUAAUUUCCUUCGUCUUGAAUAUCCUGAUAGAUGCUGUUGGGUAGACAUUUUGUACCUGUGAUAAUCAGCAAAUAUUUAAACCAUAGCAUGAUAUCUGUGUGCCACAAAGUAGAUCUAUAGAACUAGAAUCCAAUUUUUGGGGGGUGGGAAAUAGCCAAUUUUGCUGUAGGGAUCUAAACAGACCUAUCCUGUGGCACAGCAAGAAAAAAAAAAAGAAACUACAGCGAUACCUAUCUUAUUUAGUUGUCGGUGAAUAGCCGGAACCUGGGGUACUCUUAAGAAAAUGUUUGAUUCUAAUCAAAUACUUGGCGUUCUUACUGUGAUAUUAAUGUGAAUGUAAUUUAUUUGUGUGGUAGUAGAUGAUAUUCUAUUUUGUUCAGUGACAGCAAGGUGAUGUGCUUUGAAUUCAAUGUUCAUGUAUCUUCAAUACAAACUGCAGUUUUGCUUUUGAAGUAAAAUUGGCUUAUUUGUCCUUAAUGAAAUAAAUAAUGAAAGUCUAA